AUUCCUGCCCGGGCCGCCGCCGGAGUAAAAAAAGGAAGUUCGAAUGUAUUUCGAAGUCCGAACUAUGAUAGAAUAUGGCCAUCUCCAUCUCAUCUCGUGAGAGAUGUAGAUCUAGUAGUACUUUCUUGAUAGUAUUUGGAGGGCUUAUUUUCCUGUCUUCGCUGAGUUUAGCCGGGUGUGAAAUUCAUCGAACUCGAACAUCGCGAGUGGCCAGGGCUACCUCGAAGGCAUACCCGGGAUCAGAGGGCACGCUUACGGUGCUGGGCGACGAUGAACAGCCAGUGUCGGAUGGUGGAAGAGAAGAUUUAGAGACAGACGACUUUACAAAUAAUGCUUAUUCCCAGACCGAGGCCUGGAUCUAUGCUUUAGGAGCAACUGUUCUUGUGGGUCUGAGUGGCAUAGUUCCUCUAUUUUUGCCAAUUGAAAUCGACCCAUCAGCUCAUGAUGAAAGAGGGGCAGCCAAGUUUAAUUGUAUCCUAAGUUUUGCUGUCGGAGGUCUGCUUGGAGACGUCUUCAUACAUCUACUUCCUGAAGCUUGGGCUCAUAUUGAUCAUGAUGAUUAUAACGGGCAAAUCACAGUUGGUCUGUGGGUCAUCUUUGGAAUGGUCCUUUUCUUGUCCAUAGAGAAGAUCUUUGGUGAAGAAGAAGCAGAAAGUUCAUGUCCAAAGGAAGAACAAAAUGGCGGUAUCAAAACAGCAAUAAUGCAAAAUGGCGAUAAGGCGACUAUCCUCAAUGGCGCCCCCUCAACCAUUGCAAACGGAGAGAAGUCCCACCACCGUCCUCUCAACGGCUUCGACAAAAAUGGCAUGUUACGGAGGAAACCAUUGAAUGGGAACUCCUGUAAUAUCGGAAGGUCAGAGGAAAUGAAUGGAGUUAACAGUUUGGGGCACACCAAUGGAGGCCACAAGGUGAUCCAGUCAUUGAUGGAGGAUCAAAGCAAGGAUACCAAGGAAAAGAAAGUGAAGGUCGUAGGAUAUCUGAACCUGUUAGCUAAUUUCAUUGAUAAUUUUACUCAUGGCAUAGCUGUGGCUGGGAGCUUCCUUGUUAGCAAAAAGGUUGGAAUGCUUACAACGGCAGCCAUUUUGUUACAUGAAGUUCCCCAUGAGGUUGGAGACUUUGCUAUCCUCCUGCGAUCAGGAUUCUCCAGAACUCAGGCAACUAAAUCCCAGAUCUCGACGGCCGUGGGAGGUCUCCUUGGUGCAGUGCUUACUCUCCUCUCAGAAUCGGCUCAAGAAACAGGUGACCGUGCUGCCUGGAUUCUUCCAUUCACUGCCGGGGGUUUUAUUCACAUUGCUCUAGCUACUGUUCUUCCGGAAAUUCUUCAAGAGACAAGUUGGAAAGAGUCUAUGAAACAGAUGACGUGUCUGUUGUGCGGUAUAGCUGUAAUGGGUGCAGUGACCGUCUUGAUAGAGUAACUUUCUGAUAUAGAAUAAUACAUUUCCUGCCUGGGAGCUUCAACCAAGUUAUACUGGAGCCAUGCUGUGUGAUUCCGCACCUUCACAAAAAACACCAUCUGGAGUACAAGCGAAGCUACUACGGUAGCAGAUAUUUUUUGCACUUUUCCUGCCAAGGAAAAAAUUUGCGUUGAAAACGCCUUAUUUUGCCCAUUCAUUCAUAUUCUUCCUAUUCAUCAUGCUCUUCGGAACAAAGAUUGCCAAUAAGUUCACCGAUUCAAAAUUUUAUAACCAGAGUCCAAGGAAUUGCUGAAAUUUCAUAUUUUUGUACACCAAUUAUGAAGCAAAGUCAAUUAAAAUUACUUAAAAUGCUUUGAACUGCCGCAGUAUCCUACUGAAAAAUAGACUAACAAAAGACACAGAAAGAGUUUCUGUCUACAUGGACCUAUGUUAUGAUUUAAACAAGGCAAUUGUGCCAUCAAUUAAAGGAAAUUUAGUUCAAUGAUCAAUUUUUCUAUUCUUAAUGUACCUCUGAAAUAAAAAUGUCUUAUAAUUUCAAGUACUGAAGUAAACUCUUGGAUAAAGGUAAAUUAAUCAUGUAUUUUAAUCAAGUAGGCAACGUGAUAUCACAACAUCUCAGUUCAAAAUAUAUUUCUUAUUUUUUUAUUUUGCUUUGUCUCAUCCUUUCAAGUACUGAAGUAAACCCUUGGGUAAAGGUAAAUUAAUCGCAUAUUUUAAUCAAGUAGGCAACGUGAUAUCACAACAUGUCAGUUCAAAAUAUUUUUCUUAUUUAACUUUUUGUAAAUUGAUUAUUUAUAUUUUGUGAGGUAGAGUAAAGAAGAGAUGUUCAGCCAUCAUCUCUUUCGAUUUCAUUUUUUUACUACAUGUAAUUUAUAAUCGUAUUUGUUUAUGAUAAAGUUAUACAUGUACUUGCCAGGAAAUUUACAUACAUAACACUGUAUGUAUUCAAGAUUAACAGAGAUCAUUAAGCAAGAUAAUUUUUUUUUUUAAAUAGAAGAUUGCUGUAUCUAAGCAACCACUUACAACAAAUUUAGGUGAUUUU